GUAUGACCAACACAAAUUUCUAUAAGGACGCAGUCGAAUACUGGACGAAAAUCGAGCCUACCGUAGAUGGAAUGCUCGGUGGCUUUGGUAGAGGAAGGAUUCCUCGAGUGGAUGCUCUUGCAAGUCGUCAAUUCUUGAACCGUCUGAAAAGCAGGUGGCAAGACAUUCAGCCUGCUGUUGCUGCAGACUGCGGUGCCGGCAUUGGACGUGUUACUGAAAACGUGCUCUUGUCCUUCUUUCAGCAUGUCGAUCUUGUGGAACCUAUUCCCAAGUUUCUUGAUACCGCUAAGGAGCAGUUGAAGGAAAAGCCAUGCGACUUUUUCUGUACCGGCCUUGAAAAGUGGACGCCCGAACACGGAAAGUAUGCCGUCAUUUGGAAUCAGUGGUGUCUGUCCCAUUUAACAGACGAAGACCUUUUGGCCUAUCUGGUACGAGCACAAAAAGCUCUUGUUCCAAACGGUGUGAUCUGUGUCAAGGAAAACAUUGCCCAUUUUAAAGACUGUUUUGACGAACAAGAUAGCAGUGUAACUCGUACGGAAGCAAGCUACAAACAGAUUUUUCAAAAGGCUGGGCUUGAAGUUGUUCAAGAGGCCCUUCAACAUGGAUUUCCAGACGACUUAUUCCCUGUUAAGAUGUUUGCAUUGGUCCCGAAGCAGGCCAGUCAGCGUAAAGAAUGCUGA